AUGUGCAAGCUGUGUGAUUUAAUUUCUCCAAUUUUCGAUUUUGCUUUUUCUGAAGUCCAGAAUUGUUCCUUUUUCCAGGUGGUAGGUUUUCUAUUGUGGGUUGUCUGCUGGUCAGAUGUGUUCUAUUCUUUCUGGGAAAGGAAUCACAGUAGCAGCCAAACUGCACCCGUCCACCUCGUCAGUCCUACCUUACUUGGCCUCACAAUGCUGCUGGCCACCUUCAUAAUUCAAUAUGGACGAAUAAAAGGGGUGCAGUCCUGUGGAGUUCUGCUGAUCUUCUGGCUGGUAGCUCUGGUGUGUGCCACGGUCUCCUUUAGGUCAAAGAUUCUCCAGGCGCUGAAUGAGCCAGAGACUGUGUGCAUAUGGAAGUACACCACCUUCUACAUCUACUAUGCUUUUCUUCUGGUCGCUCUGGUUCUCUCCUGCCUGACUGACCAACCACCGCUUUUCUCCCAGGCUGUCAAGGAAUUGAAUCCCUGUCCUGAGCCUGGAGCUUCUUUCCUCUCCAGGAUAACCUUCUGGUGGAUUACAGGGAUGAUGAUGGUUGGAUACAGACGCCCCCUGGAAGAGAAAGAUCUUUGGUCUUUAAAUGCUGAUGACUGCUCCCACAGAGUGGUACCACAGCUGGUGCAUCGCUGGAAUUCAGAGAGCCAAAAAGUCAAGAGCAGAACCGAGCAACAAAUGGUAUACUCCCCUAAACGGGCUCCGCAUGGUGAGAACAGAGAGGGCCAACCUGUGGAAGAGUCAGAAAUCCUGCUCCUAAAGUCUCCCAGGAAAAUAAAAGAGCCUUCGUUGCUUUGGGCAUUGUGCUUGACCUUCGGACCCUACUUCCUCAUCUCCUGCCUCUACAAAAUAAUCCAGGACAUUCUCAUGUUUGUUGGUCCCGAGAUCCUUAGCUAUUCUGACUUAUUGGGUCUGGUGUAUCACAUCUUCCUCUUCACAAUAGCCCAUAGAGUUUCUAUGGAGUUCAGGUCAGGCGAGUUUGCUGGCCAAUUAAGAGCAGAGAUGCCACGGUCCUUAUACCAGAGUUUAACUUUAACCUCCAUAGGGACAUAUCACUUAGUGGAUUUGCUCUUUCAGGCCUUGGUCAUAAGCAACGCAGCACGGCGCACAUCAACUGUGGGAGAAAUUGUCAAUCUGAUGUCUGUGGAUGCUCAGCGCUUCAUGGAUCUGGUCACAUACAUCAAUAUGGUUUGGUCUGCCCCACUGCAGGUGGUGCUAGCCCUCUAUUUUCUCUGGCAGAACUUGGGUCCAUCUGUCCUAGCAGGAGUAGCUGUGAUGGUUCUGAUGGUUCCGAUUAAUGCCGUGAUUGCCAUGAAAACUAAAACAUACCAGGUGGCUCAGAUGAAAAGCAAGGACAGUCGUAUUAAGCUAAUGAAUGAGAUGCUGAAUGGCAUAAAGGUGCUAAAGCUCUAUGCAUGGGAGCUGGCCUUCAAAGAAAAGGUGUCAGAAAUCCGGGAGAGCGAGCUGCAUGUGCUGAAGAAGACAGCUUACCUGGGUGCCAUGUCCACCUUCACCUGGGUCUGUGCUCCCUUUCUGGUUGCCCUGUCCACAUUUGCUGUGUAUGUGCUGAUUGAUGAUCAGAACGUGCUCGAUGCGCAGAAGGCCUUUGUGUCACUGGCACUUUUCAAUAUUCUGCGCUUUCCUCUCAACAUGCUGCCGAUGGUCAUAAGUAGCAUUGUGCAGGUCAGUGUGUCUCUGAAGAGGCUUAGAGUAUUUUUGUCACAUGAGGAGCUGCAAGAAGACAGUGUGGAGCAGAAAACAAUGGCUGGCUCCCCACACAGCAUCUCUAUAGUAGAUGGAAUCUUCAGGUGGUCCAGAGCUGAAUCACCAACACUCAAGAGGUUGAAUGUGUGCAUCCCAGAAGGCUCGUUGGUAGCAGUGGUGGGACACGUUGGCUCAGGAAAGUCCUCUCUGCUCUCUGCCCUCCUGGGGGAGAUGGACAAAGUUGAAGGAUCUGUGGUUGUGAAGGGUUCUGUGGCUUACGUUCCACAGCAGGCCUGGAUCCAGAACUCCACACUAAAAGAAAACAUCAUGUUUGGUCAGAAGAGGAGGGAGGACUGGUACAACCAUGUGGUGGAAGUGUGUGCUCUCCAGCCAGACCUGGAGAUUCUCCCUGCUGGGGAUGAGACGGAGAUUGGAGAGAAGGGAGUGAAUCUGUCUGGUGGCCAGAAGCAGCGGGUGAGCCUGGCCAGAGCAGUGUAUUGUGACCGUGCUGUAUACUUGCUGGAUGACCCACUGUCUGCUGUUGAUGCUCAUGUUGGAAAGCACAUCUUCGAUUAUGUCAUUGGCCCACGGGGCAUACUGAGGGACAAGACUCGUGUGCUGGUGACUCAUGGUUUGAGCUUCCUACCACAAACUGAUCUGAUACUGGUCAUGGUAGACGGGGAGAUCACAGAAGUAGGCUCCUACCAAGAGCUUAUGGUCCAGGAGGGAGCCUUUGCCGAGUUCCUGCGAACGUAUGCCACUGUUGACCAAACUGAAGAUGGUGAUUUUAAAACUGCACCAAAGAGUGGAUCCAAAGCAGUAGAAAAUGGUGAUCUACCUGCUCUUAUUGGUGGGCCGGCUGUUAAGACUGAAUCCCAAAAGCCCCAUAAGACUGAUGAUGCCAGAGAACUGAACAAGAAGACCAAGAACCCUGAGAUGGGGAAGCUGACCGAAGCUGACAAGGCCAGUACUGGACGGGUGAAGCUGUCUGUAUUUUGGGCCUAUCUGAAAGCCAUCGGUGUACUUCUGUCCUGCAUCAGUCUGCUGCUGUUCCUCACCCAUCACCUGGUCUCCCUGUUCUCCAACUACUGGCUUAGCCUGUGGACUGAUGACCUGGUAGUUAAUGGCACUCAGCCUUACAGACUUAGGAGACUUGCUGUGUACGGUGGCUUUGGCCUGACCCAAGGUGUAGCAGUCUUUGGUUAUUCCCUCUCCAUGUCCAUUGGGGGCAUCAUGGCGUCCCGCUACCUCCACCAGUCCUUGCUAUAUGAUGUGCUGCGCUCACCCAUGUCCUUCUUUGAGAAAACUCCAAGUGGUAACCUGGUUAACCGCUUUGCCAAGGAGAUGGACACCAUUGAUUCUGUAAUCCCCAGCAUUAUUAAAAUGUUCAUGGGAUCCUUUUUCAACGUGUUGGGUUCCUGUGUCAUUAUCCUGUUUGCCACACCACUUGUGGCUAUCAUCAUUCCUUUUCUUGGGUUGCUCUACUUUUUUGUGCAGAGGUUUUAUGUGGCAACUUCUCGCCAGCUGAAGCGUCUGGAGUCUGUCAGCCGUUCACCCAUCUACACCCACUUUAACGAAACAUUGUUGGGCACCUCUGUCAUUCGAGCUUUUGGUGAGCAGGAGCGAUUCAUCCAUGAGAGUGACCAGCGAGUAGACCACAACCAGAAGGCCUACUACCCCAGCAUAGUAGCUAACAGGUGGCUGGCAAUUCGCCUGGAGUUUGUAGGAAACUGCAUUGUUUCAUUUGCUGCCCUGUUUGCUGUUAUAGCCAGAGAUAGCCUGAGCCCAGGCAUCAUGGGGCUCUCCAUCUCCUACGCCCUGCAGCUGACUGCCUCAUUGACGUGGCUCGUGAGAAUGUCUUCUGAUGUAGAGACAAAUAUAAUAGCUGUAGAGAAGGUGAAGGAAUACUCCAGCACAGGGAAAGAGGCAGAAUGGCAACAUGAGUCUCCCUCCGUUCCCCCUGGCUGGCCCACUCAGGGCUGCAUAGACAUCCGAGGCUUUGGCCUGCGCUAUCGCCAUGACCUGGACCUGGCCAUUCGCAAUAUCACCAUUGCUAUUAACGGAGGAGAGAAGGUAGGGAUUGUGGGGAGAACUGGUGCUGGGAAGUCAUCUCUAACACUGGGCCUGUUCCGGAUCAUUGAGGCAGCAGAGGGCCACAUCUUCAUUGAUGGAGUGGACAUUGCUAAGCUAGGCCUCCAUGAGCUGCGCUCCAGAAUCACCAUCAUCCCACAGGACCCAGUGCUGUUUUCCGGAUCUUUGAGAAUGAACCUGGACCCCUUUGACUCCUAUUCUGAUGAGGAAAUAUGGAGGGCUUUGGAGUUUUCCCAUCUCAAGAACUUUGUCUCUAGCCUACCCAACAAACUCAGCCAUGAGUGUAGUGAAGGAGGAGAAAACCUUAGGUAUGAAACCCUUCUUGUAUUUUUUUCUAAUUAUUUGAUGUUUUGACCUCCUGGGUGGAGUAGCUCCCAUCUGAAAG